AUGCCGGAAUACCUUCGAGGAGCUUUCUAUGCACUGAUCUAUUUUUCUCAGUUACAGAGAACCUAUCAUUCUUCAUAUAAGAUUUUAAAGGAUAAUUCUAAUUGCGUGUAGAUUUUAUGUUAUCCAUAAUUGUGAUUAUAUCUGUAGGAUAAACAGCUCGUGGGUACUAUACAUUAUAUUUUUUUACAAUGAAAUUAAUGGUUUUAAUUAUAACACACAAAACCCUAUUAUUAAUAGCAAUAAUAUUGAUUGCAAUGGCACCAUCACACUAAAUUGUUUUAAAAAAAAUCUAUCACAGAAACGCACAGUAAAAAAAUUCAGCGAGGUUGUGGCAUGUCAAGAAAGAUGUGGUAAAUUGAUAGCUUCUUUUUUCAAUCUGUUUUACGCAUAAUGAAUAAAAAUCUUUAUCAAAAAUAUUUAUUAACCAUUACAGUGACUAUUUUUUUGUUGGGUAGCCUCUUAUAUAUUGGACGAAUCAAAACACACCGCAAUAUAGAUUAUUCAAAAUGGCGCAACCCGUUUUUCAGAUUUAAGAAAGCACAUGGUAUAUUUAUAAUAACGCUUGGUAGAAGUGGAUCUAGUUUUUUUGGAGAGUUGUUUAAAUCUCAUCCUGAUGUUCUAUAUCAUUACGAGCCUCUUCGUCCAGUACUCAGGAAUAAUAACAAUGCAACGACAGAAGAAAUAGCUAAAUAUAUUGACGAACUUCUAUCAUGUAACGUGAGCGUAAAUCGCAGCUUAUAUAUAAAUGAUCGUGCAAUGAGAGCGAAUAGAUUGUUCAGUACAAUGUUAAAUUGUAGUGAAGGAACAGCUUGUAAAGAUUACCAUGUGAAUAUAACAUUACUGAACGAACAAUGUAAGAAAAAGUAUAAACAUGCGGCUGUUAAAAUAUUACAACGUCGUUUUCCUCAUGGUGCUAAGAACAUUUUAAAACAUACGAAAUAUCGGAAUAAGAGGAUUAUUCAGCUAGUGAGAGAUCCACGUGGUGUGUUUAACUCAAUGAAUAGAGUAGGUUGGUUAGAAGGUAACGGACAGAGAGUAAAUUUCGACAUAGUUCGGUCAUCCUGUGAUACUUUGUACAAGGAUUAUCAAGACAUCAAACAUAUGAAAGGAUACAUACUUCUCCGCUAUGAAGACCUAUGUGAAAAUCUCAUUCAGAAGAUGAAGGAAAUUUUUGAUUUCAUCGGAAUUAAAUUCACCAAGUCUUAUAAAGAUCACCUGUUCAGUAUCUUAAACAAGCCUGACAGCGAAAAAGAGAAAUUAAGUGCAUACAGCACCAGUAAAAACAUUACCGAAGCUUUUCAGAAAUGGAGAGAUAGAGUGGAUAUUAAAUUUGUUCAGGGAGUAGAAGCAGCUUGUGGAAAAGUGAUGGACGCAUUCGGGUACAUAAAAGUUGGGGACAACACAUCCUUGUUACAUAAUAGAGUACUUCACAAAAGAUUAUACAAGGUCAAAUCAUGGUGAUGGUUUCCACCAACAAAAUAAAUUAGUAUUUUUAUAAUUUAUCGCAUACUAGGUUUUUUACUAUAUUCAUGUUUAUUUAUUAUUUAUAUACAUCUUCGUUCCCAGGGAUUUUUGCCUUACCAGGAGGUGAAGAUGACCCUGCACAACCUAGUUCACGUGACAAAUCGAAAAUUCUAGCAUUCUAAAUGACUAAAAUUCGACGCUAGCCUUGAUUGAGAAAUAUCUCCUUCCUAGAGCUUCCUUUAUUUCGCUCUCUUCUUUAGCGUUAGUCAUAUCAGAAAGCGAAGACGAAGAACUGGGAACAAGAUUACAUAGAGACGAGGUUUAAAAAAAGGCACAAAAUUUUUUAAACAUUGUAUAGCUAAUUAUUUACGGUUAUGAAAAUAGACAGUAAAAUAGUCUUAGCCUUUAUGCAACCUAUAUUUAUACGUAGAAUAUACACCUCAUAUGCAUAAUAUAACUUAUUUCAAAAUCAAGAAGCAUUUUU